AUGAGCACCUGGAUGAAUGACGCCGUCCCAAACCACAAUGGCAACGGCUUCCCUCACAUGAAUGACGCCAACUCAGCCAGCACCAUGAUGGAUCCUUCCGCCUUCAUGGCCAACUCUGGCCAAUUCAAUCCUGCCCAGUUUCAGAACCAGCAGCAGAUGGGCGCGAUGGCUAAUGGCCCUGGCCCCAUGCGCAAUGCCUCACCUUCCUUCCAGAAUCCCGUCUAUCAAACCAACUCGGUGAUUCCAUCGAAACGCCCUCGCCCUCGCGAAGACAGUCUCGCCGGCUCUCCGAGACAGAACCCCGGAAUGUUGCCGACGUCGCGUUCCGAGACGCCGCAGCAGCAAUCCUUUGCCGGCGGCUUUCAGCCUGGCGCGGUCCCCCAGCAAAACCCCGGCCAAUUUCCCCAUCUUCAACCAAACGGUUCUGCCAACGCGAGUCCAUCACCGAUCAUGGGCAACCAGAUGCGACCAGGUAGUGUCCCUCAGAGGGUCGCGACCGCGUCGCCUCAUCCAUUCUCGCCUAGCGCACAGCAGUUCAACUCGCAGGCGUCACCAAUACCUUCCGAACAUGGCACACCUCAGCCGAACCCCUACAUGCAAAACAUGCCCCAAGGAUAUAACCCGAACUUCGCGCCAUCGCCCUCGAAUGCUCGCCCAUCAUCGAAUCCGAACGCGAUGGCUGCUGGCCAAAUGAUGCCGCAGCAGAUGGGUCAAAUGCCUCAACACAUGGGCCAGAUGCAGGGCAACAUGUAUCCUCCCCAGAUGCAGCAGCAGGCCCAGCAUCAGCAACAGGGCACCCCUCAACAGCAGCAAGGUCAGCAGCAAGGCCAGCAGCGGCCAGGCAUGACCGACCAGCAGAAGAUGGCCGCAUAUCAAAUGAGGCUGCAGCAGCAACUUCAAGGGAACGCACAAAUGCAGGCACAGAUGCAAGCACAGAACAUGGGCCGCGGUAUGAUGCCUAAGCAGCAAAUACCUGGAAUGCCCAAUGGUCAGAUGCCACAGGGAGGCAUGAGGCCGCAGCCAAGGAUGGGAAAUGUCAACCCGGAACAAUUCAUGAAGAGUCUUACGACUCUCAUGAACCACAAGGGCUUGCCUCUCGACCCUAACCCGAUGAUUGGGGACAGGCCAGUCAACCUGAUGAUGCUCUUUCAGGCUGUUCAAAACAAGGGAGGAUACAAGCAGGUCACAGCUGGAAACGGAUGGCCCCAUAUUGCUCAAAUGAUUGGAAUACCGCCUCAGAUUCCUACGGUGCCACAGACGCUGAAGCAGAUUUACGAGCACAACCUCUAUAAGUUCGAGGAAAUGUGGAUGAAUCAGCAGAAGUCCCGGAUGAUGCAGCAACAGAAUCAGCAGCAGCAGCAACAACAACAACAACAGCAGCAGCCUCAGCAACAUCAACAUCAACAGCAACAUCAACAGCAACAGCAAGCUCAGCAGGCUCAACAAGCUCAACAAGCCCAAGGCGCAAACAUGGCGGGCCAGGCGACACCGCAAAAGCAGAUGCAACCGAACCAACAAAUGAAUCAAGGGCCACUGGCUCAGACUGGUCAACAACCCCAGAUGCAACAGCAAACCCCUAUGAAGCAGAUGCAACCAGGACAGCCUCCAGUGAACGGAUUUUCGACACCUCAAGCUCAAGUACAGCCACAAGCCACGCCUGUUAUACCGGGACAGAACCGCAACAUGCCGCAAGGAAUGGACACCUCUGGCAUCAACGAUUUUGCAGCCGCUCCCUCCCCGGCUCCUCGUAGGGUCGGAAGCAUGUCUCAGAAUGAGGGGCGACAAGCUUCAGCAGCACCCACAGCUGUUGUGGAGCGUAUGCCUCGCCUCGGCCCUCAGACUGACCAGUACAGCCCUUGUGCGCGCGAGUUGUCGACAUUUGGAGGUGUCGACUUGACUGCCUUCAGCAAGCUCGGCGCCGAACUCGAACGAUGGAAGCCAGACGUUCCACCCCUUCAGGAACUGGGGAAUAUCGACGUCAGUGCUCUCACGAAAAGUUUGCAGAGUGGGAUUCAUGGAGAAGUGCGGCUCGCCCUCGACGUCCUCGCUGCUGCAUCUUGCUCUAUGAACCAGUUGCACUUUAUCCAACUACGAUACUGUGAAGAGUUGGUGGAGGCUCUCAUUGAGUGCGCUGAAGAGCAAGUUGACUUGCUGGCCGAGCAUACCGUCGAAGUUUCGGAUGAGAUCCAGAUAUCACCGUACGAAGAUGUGGUGAGAGCCUGCCGCAUCGAACGAUGGAACGUUCGUGAGAUUCCCGUCUUCGGCACGGAAGAGUACGAACUGGAUCGAGCUGUGGACCGCUUAAUAUGUGUUACGACGAUCCUGCGCAACUUUUCGUUCCCUGGAGAACAGAACGAGAAUCAUGGCGUCCUCGCCGACGAGUCGGUUAUCAAGUUUCUGUGCGUCGUGAUAAGGUACCUUGGUACACGCACAAUGCUCCUCCGGUCCCAGAACAAUACCUUGGACUUUAUGAAGGAUGUUGUCAUCCUUCUCUCCAACAUUGCGGGCUCAGUGGAGAUCCCAGGACGCGAACAAGCUGUUUGCCUUCUACAAUUCCUCUUGGCAUUCGCUCCAGCUCCCAACCCUACCGUCUCGGACGGGACACUCUUCUUUACGCCAUACGAACCCAGUCUCCAUGCCUAUCUACCACAUGCUGUUGACGCCCUAGCCAAGUUGCUCGCACGCGACGAACCGAACCGAACUCACUACAAGGCAGUGUUUGCUUUGGACUCCAACAGCAACCCUCCUUACGAGCUUCUCACUCGGGCGUUUGGCCUAGCAAUAGCGCCAAUUCCUGACAAGGCCAAGGCUCAGAGCCGCCCACCCAACUUCCCUUCGCUUGUCGAGGUUCGAAAGCCAUUCCUCAUGCAAGGAUUGCUAUCGGCCGAGAUUUUAGCGUCAAUAGCACCUGGACAUGAUGCGGGAGUUGCGAAAGCCUGGUUAUCAAGUGGUAACGACUUUGCACAAAACCUAUUCAGACUCAUUCGCGAGCUCAGCCAACUGUAUGAGCAACCGCAACUCCAUGGUGGACCACGGGCUGGGGCACGAAAAGAUCCAGAGCUGGUCUACCUGGUGGUGGUCUCAGUCGCCUUGUUACGGAGGUUGGCCGAGAAGGCGAGAGACCCCAACGACCCUGCAUCAUCUCUUCCAGCCAAGGCUGUGCCAUCACCACAGGCACUCCUCGACGCUCUUUCGAUGCAAUCGGCAGAGUGGGCCAAGGAUGAGGUCCUACAACAGCUGUCGACUUUCUUCGUUCUAGGGAAAUAA